GCCACCUCUGCAUGGCUGCGACCCGGCGAACGGAGGGUCGUCGCCGCUGAGACCUGGGGCCCUUCGACGGCCUUGCUGAUCCGGGACCCUGCCGCAGAGUGAGCCGCACCGCAGGCCCCCAGCUCAGCCAUGCUGGCCUGUCUGCAGAGGACCCAGAACCCACCAGGCCAACACCUGGCCUGCCCGAGCAAGAGCCUGGAGCUGCGCAAGUGUGAGACGGUGGCCAGCUCCAUGCAUUCCUCCCGCUACCCGAGCCCCGCCGAGCUGGACGCCUAUGCCGAGAAGGUGGCCAACAGCCCGCUGUCCAUUAAGAUCUUCCCCACCACCAUCCGUGUGCCCCAGCACAAGCACCUCAGUCGCACCAUCAACGGCUACGACACCAGUGGCCAGCGCUACAGCCCCUACCCGCAGCACGCCGCUGGCUACCAGGGCCUGCUGGCCAUUGUCAAAGCCGCUGUCUCUUCCUCCAGUGUGGCCGCGCCUGCUGGGCCCGCCAAAAGCGUGCUUAAGAGCGCCGAGGGCAAGCGGACCAAGCUGUCACCAGCUGCCGUGCAGGUGGGCAUCGCACCCUACCCAGCGCCCAGCACUCUGGGACCCUUGGCCUACCCUAAGCCACCCGAGGCACCUGCCCCACCACCUGGCCUGCCUACGGCUGCUGCCACUGCAACCUCCGUCAUCCCCCUGCCUGGCCGUGGCAUGGCCCUGCCGCCUUCCAACCUGCCCUCCAUCCACAGCAUCCUCUACCAGCUCAACCAGCAGUGCCAGGCCCCAGGCACUGCACCCACUGCCUGCCAGGGCGUGGCCGUGCCCCACCCCAGCCCAGCCAAGCACGGCCCUGUGCCUAGCUUCCCCGGCAUGGCCUACUCGGCCGCUGCCGGCCUGCCUGACUGCCGAAAAGGUGCCGAGCUGGGCCCGGGAAGCACAGCGGCCUUGACGUUGGCUGGGGCCACCAAGCCUGCAGGGUAUGUGGACAGCGGCCUGGAUUACCUGCUGUGGCCACAGAAGCCACCCCCACCACCACCCCAGCCACUGCGGGCCUACAGCGGCGGCGCGGCGGCCAAUAAGUCCCCAGAGGCUUGCGGGGCGCGGGCGUAUGAGAGGGCCAGUGGGUCGCCCCUCAACUGCGGUGUGGGGCUGCCCACCAGCUUCACCGUGGGCCAGUACUUCGCCGCCCCCUGGAACAGCGUGCUGGUGACCCCCACCAGCGACUGCUACAACCCAGCGGCGGUGGCGGUCACGGAGCUGGGGCCUGGGGUGGCCCGGGAGCUGGCGGGGCCCCCCGCGGAGGCCCUAUCAGGGCUGCCCAGCAAGAGCGUGUGCAACACGGCGGUGCUGAGCAGCAGCCUGCAGUCCCUGGAAUAUCUCAUCAAUGAUAUCCGGCCGCCCUGCAUCAAAGAGCAGAUGCUGGGCAAGGGCUACGAGACAGUGGCAGUGCCCCGGCUGCUCGACCACCAGCACGCCCACAUCCGCCUGCCGGUCUACAGAUAAGGCCCACCUGGCGGCCGCACGGACAGAUGGACAGGGCACCGACGGGGGGAGGCAGGCCACAGAAUUGGGUGGGCGGAGCACAGGGGCACCCAGCCCUGCCCUGUGCCCACCGAUGCCCACAGGGAAGCCAGGCUGGCUGCUGCCAUGCCUGUUGGGGUUCGGGAAGGCGUCCUUGCUCACCAAGGCCCCUCCCCCUAUCCGCUACCCCAGGACACUGGGAGGACUCUGGGGCAUGCUGACGUCCAUGCCUUCCUCCAUCCACACUGGCAGAGCAGCAGGGAAAGAGAAGCCACUGAAAAAUAGGAGUGGCUCUUUCUGGCUCUCCCAGGAGAGGAGCUCAGGGUGGGAUGAAGGAAGAAAUGGGACGGUCUCGAGUCAGAGUGAGGUCAAAGUAGCUCCCAGGGGUCAGAUAGCUUCUCCCCCCACGAGCUCCCCGGUAGCCUGGAAAAGGAGCAGAGGGGGCCUUAUGGAAGUCACUGGGCCCCCCGUGUCCUCCACUGGCCAAUCCAGGUGAAGACCACUCUAAUAGAGGCUCCAGGGACUACUGGUCCCCCUGCUCCUCCUCCUCCAGACUCUCCUCCCCCUCCCCCCAUUCCUUCCCAACACAGAAAAUCACACCCCCAUCCCAAUUCUCCAAACCCCGGACUACCACCAUCCCCUUUCUCUCCAGUACAUCUUACAGGGCUGCUGGGCACAGUGGUGUAGGCUGUGCACUGCACAAGGGCGCCUCAUCCACGGAGACACCACUUGCAUCCUAGACUUGUAUAUUUAUUACAGCGAUUUUCCGAAUCUUGAGGAAGGGGUGCCAUUUCCCUAUUCGCACAAAGGUACCACAGGGGCUAACAAUGGGCCUGCCGUCUUAGACCCCAUCAGAGGGACCCUAGCCUGCCCUCUUCAGGGUUUCUCCGAGGAGCCAGUGAGGGGACAGGAGACCCUCUGGUUUUAGUCAGGAGACCUGGUACAACUCCGUCCCAGCCAGCUGCCCUCUGAGGCCUGCCCCGGAACCAUCACACAGGGGAAGACAGGCAGAGGUCCCCCCCACUGAGCUCCCCAGGCCCAAAUUCCCCAAGUCCUGGCCCCUCUGGCGCUCCGGAAGCGGUACUGUAUCUCUCUCCAAGGCCUGUUCAAGCACUAAGUGCAUUUACAAAUCUCUGAGAAUGUUUUUUUUUUAUACUAAAAUUGACCAUUAUAUUCUACUGUGAGAAGUGCGGUCUGCACUAUAUUGUUUUAAAAACGAAGAGAAAGAAAAAAAAAGGGAAAACACA